AUGCUGAAGAAGCCGCCGCCGAAGUAUCUGGAGGGCAAAAAGGGCCAACCCAUGUUGGUGGCGGAGUAUGGAGGUGUGGCUUUCGACCUGGGUGGGCCCUACGGCUCCAACCCCUCCAAGUUCCUCCCCGGCUACCUGGGCCGCCGCGGGCGUUCCGCGGGGCGUUCCGCGGGGCGUUCCGCGGGGCGGUCCGCGGGGCUCGCCGCCACGGCGGGGCAGGCGCUCUCGCGGAUCGCGGGGCUCACGGCGGGGAUCUACGCCUCGGAGAUGUACACUGGCUUCUGCUACACUCAGCUCUACGACGUGGAGUAUGAGAAGAAGAAUGGGCUGCUGAAGUACGACCGCAGCAGCAAGUUCUCCUUGCAGGAGCUCCAGCAGAUCUUCGAUGGGCGUCUGCAGCGGGGGCGCUGGGUCAUUAAGACCAUCCAAAAAGAACAGAACGAACGCGGCGCGGCUGUGAGCCAGGUGCGAGACCGCAGAACGGAAUGCCUGUGCGGAGUCGCGCCGAUGGAUCGCCCAAAGUUCUCCCGAAGCUGCGACACGGGAUUCUUGGACGAGGCAUCGCGCCUGGGCUUCAGCAUGUUCCGCGCAACGCCAUUGGCAAGCUGUAGCCAUCCGCCCGUGAGCGGUCAGGUAACCUUCCACGGCAACCUCGAGAAGGUCGAGUUGGAAGCUUUACGGGAGGAGUUGCGACACGCACUCAUCGACACGUUGAGCCCUGCUGCUGGGCAAGACCUGGCAGUGGAAGUAGGCCGCGCCCAGAGCAGGCCAGCCUUGCAUUCCUUUGCAGAGGACUGCGUGACGUUUGAGUUCCAGGUCCUACCUGCCGAUCCCCAUGACGUCAGCCCCGUGCUGGAGGUCUUGCGGUUGGAGGCAGAAUCUGCAGGGGCGCGGCGCUUGCUGCCACUUCUCGCAGACUCGCCCUCAGCUGCAAGCCGCUUGCGCCUCCGCGUGGAACUGGCAGGAUGCACGCGGAACGCGACAUGA